UGAGUGUUGGAUGGCCGGGCGAUAGGGUCAGAGACGGUCCUGCAGGAUGAAUUCUCUCCUGUCUAUGGACAGACACAUCCAGCAAACCAACGACCGCCUCCACUGCAUCAAACAGCACCUGCAAAAUCCAGCAAACUUCCAGACGGCGGCGACGGAGCUGUUGGACUGGUGUGGAGAUCCACGAGCGUUUCAGCGGCCCUUUGAGCAAAGCCUGAUGGGAUGCCUAACGGUGGUGAGUCGUGUCGCAGGUCAGCAGGGUUUUGACAUGGAUCUGGGGUAUCGGCUGCUGGCCGUUUGUGCUGCAAACAGGGACAAAUUCACCCCUAAAUCAGCAGGUGAGACCCCACCGUCCUCUACGAUUGCCUCGACACCCUUUUUGAGGCUUAUUUAACUGCAAAGCGUGACAUUAGAGUCCAUAUGAGCUGAAAUGGUGCUUUUGGACCUGCUGCUCAACUGAGAGAAACUAAGCAGA